CUUUCUCACCCAGGCUACAUUAGUUGAGGUAGCCCCUAGGGAGAGCAACGCAAUGCAGCCCCCCCGAGUCUUUCGCAUCGCCAUCGAGCCCGAUGACGCCCAGUCACUGGUCCGAUUCCUGAUAUGGGGAAAUGAUUUCGAUAUCAAAGGUCCAGUAGCUUGCCCCUCGGUGCAUCCGGAGGAAAUGGAAGAAAAAAAUCAUCCACGCCUAUGCAUCUGUCGGCUCGAACCUGAACCCCCACGUCCACCCGAAAAAUGAAUCCCUACCCGCGCAGGAUCUCCUCAAUAUCCCACG